CCCGGAAGGUGGGGCUGCUCGGCUUUGCUCUCUCAGUGUGUCCUCCAGAAACUCUUCUGCUUGGCUAAAGAUGAAUUUGCGGCACUUACUAAAGAACUCAAUGUCUGCAGGGAACAGCUGCUUGAAAGGGAAGAAGAAAUUGCCGAACUGAAGGCGGAAAGGAACAACACCAGGCUGCUGCUGGAGCACUUGGAAUGCCUUGUCUCCCGGCACGAGCGGUCCCUCAGGAUGACCGUGGUGAAGAGGCAGGCACAGUCGCCGGCGGGCGUGUCCAGCGAGGUCGAAGUGCUGAAGGCGCUCAAGUCGUUAUUUGAGCACCACAAGGCUCUGGAUGAAAAGGUGAGAGAGCGGUUGCGAGUCGCACUUGAGAGAUGUAGCUGGUUGGAAGAAGAAUUAGGCGCCACACACAAAGAGCUAAUGAUUCUUAAAGAACAGAAUAACCAGAAGAAAACACUAACAGAUGGAGUGCUUGACGUAAACCACGAGCAGGAGAAUGCGCCAAGCACAAACGGCAAGAGAUCCUCUGAUGGUUCUUUAAGCCAUGAAGAAGACCUUGCUAAAGUAAUCGAGCUCCAGGAAAUCAUCAGUAAGCAGUCCAGGGAGCAGAGCCAGAUGAAGGAGCGCCUGGCUGCCCUCUCCAGUCAUGUGACAGAGCUGGAGGAGGACUUGGACACCGCCCGGAAGGAUCUCAUCAAGUCGGAAGAGAUGAACACAAAGCUGCAACGAGAUGUCCGGGAAGCCAUGGCCCAGAAGGAAGACAUGGAAGAAAGAAUCACGACCCUUGAAAAGCGCUACCUCGCUGCACAGCGUGAGGCCACAUCUGUACAUGACCUCAACGAUAAGCUUGAAAACGAAAUUGCAAAUAAAGAUUCCAUGCAUCGACAGACUGAAGAUAAAAACCGCCAGCUGCAGGAGCGCCUGGAGUUGGCAGAGCAGAAGCUGCAGCAGACGCUGAGGAAAGCAGAGACGCUGCCCGAGGUGGAGGCCGAGCUGGCCCAGAGGGUGGCGGCGCUCUCCAAGGCUGAAGAGAGACAUGGCAACAUCGAAGAGAGGCUGCGGCAGAUGGAGGCGCAGCUGGAGGAGAAGAACCAGGAGCUGCAGCGGGCACGGCAGAGAGAAAAGAUGAAUGAGGAACAUAACAAGCGUUUGUCAGACACUGUUGACAAGCUCCUCUCCGAGUCGAACGAAAGACUUCAGCUUCACCUGAAGGAGAGAAUGGCUGCCCUAGAAGAUAAGAACUCUCUAUUACGAGAAGUUGAAAAUGCAAAAAAGCAAUUAGAAGAAAUGCAACAUGAUAAGGAUCAGCUUGUCCUAAACAUCGAAGGCUUGCGGGCCGAGCUAGACCAGAUGAGGCUGAGAGGUUCUUCACUUCAUCAUGGCCGGCCACACUUGGACAGCGUCCCCGACUUCAGGUUCCCUGUGGCAGAUGGUCACACAGACCCCUACGGUACCAGCGCUGUGCUGCGGCGCCCCCAGAAGGGCCGACUGGCAGCCCUGCGGGAUGAGCCUUCUAAGGUCCAAACUCUCAAUGAGCAGGACUGGGAACGUGCCCAGCAAGCUAGCGUCUUGGCAAACGUAGCACAAGCAUUUGAGAGUGACGUGGAUGUGUCUGAUGGCGAGGACGACAGGGACACUCUCCUCAGUUCAGUGGACCUGUUGUCGCCCGGCGGGCAGGCCGACGCGCAGACGUUGGCCAUGAUGCUCCAGGAGCAGCUAGACGCCAUCAACAAGGAGAUCAGGCUGAUACAAGAAGAAAAGGAAAACACAGAGCAGCGGGCCGAGGAGAUCGAAAGUCGCGUCGGCAGCGGGAGUCUCGACAAUCUUGGUCGUUUUAGACCAGUGAGCUCCAUUCCCCCCUGCCCUGCGUCCUCGCUCGCCGGCUCCUCCCCUCCAGGCAGUGGCCGCUCCACCCCCCGGAGGAUCCCUCACAGUCCAGCCCGGGAAGUGGACAGACUGGGCAUCAUGACCCUACCUAGUGAUUUAAGGAAACAUCGUAGAAAGUUGCCGGCUUCCAGAGAAGAGGUACGAGAUGACAAGACGACAAUAAAAUGUGAAACCUCCCCCCCUUCCUCCCCGAGGUCCCUUCGGUUAGACAGGCUGCACAAAGGGGCGUUGCACACAGUCAGCCACGAGGACAUCAGGGACAUCCGAAACUCCACAGGCUCCCAGGACGGCCCCGUGAGCAACCCCAGCAGCAGCAACAGCAGCCAGGACUCCCUCCACAAAGCCCCAAAGAAGAAAGGCAUCAAGUCCUCCAUCGGCCGCCUGUUCGGCAAGAAAGAAAAGGGCCGACCCGGGCAGGCUGGCAAGGAGGCAUUCGGACAAGCUGGUGUUUCCGAGACAGAGAACUCAUCUCCGGAUGCCUUGGGACUUAGCAAAUUGGGAGGACAGGCUGAAAAAAACCGUAAACUUCAAAAAAAGCAUGAGUUGCUCGAGGAGGCCCGGAGGCAAGGCUUACCUUUUGCCCAGUGGGAUGGGCCAACGGUUGUCGUCUGGCUGGAGCUCUGGGUCGGGAUGCCAGCCUGGUAUGUGGCUGCCUGCCGAGCCAACGUGAAGAGCGGGGCCAUCAUGUCGGCCCUGUCCGACACCGAGAUCCAGCGUGAGAUCGGCAUCAGCAACCCGCUGCACAGGCUGAAGCUGAGGCUGGCCAUUCAGGAGAUCAUGUCGCUGACCAGCCCGUCUGCCCCGCCCACAUCCAGGACGACCACAGGAAAUGUGUGGUUAACACACGAAGAGAUGGAAACGCUCGCAGCCACGCCGCAAACGGAAGAUGAGGAGGGAAGCUGGGCUCAGACCCUCGCCUACGGGGACAUGAACCACGAGUGGAUUGGCAACGAGUGGCUGCCCAGCCUGGGCCUGCCUCAGUACCGCAGCUACUUCAUGGAGUGCCUUGUGGACGCCCGGAUGCUGGACCACCUGACCAAGAAGGACCUGCGGGGGCAGCUGAAGAUGGUGGACAGCUUUCACAGGAACAGUUUCCAGUGUGGAAUUAUGUGCCUGAGAAGGUUAAAUUAUGACCGAAAAGAACUGGAAAGAAAAAGAGAAGAAAGUCAGAAUGAAAUCAAAGACGUGCUGGUUUGGAGCAAUGACCGCGUGAUGCGCUGGGUCUUGUCCAUCGGCCUCAAGGAGUAUGCAGACAACCUCUUGGAGAGCGGCGUCCACGGAGCGCUCCUGGCCUUGGAUGACAGCUUUGACUUCAGCACCCUGGCACUGCUGCUGCAGAUCCCGACGCAGAACACUCAGGCUCGUUCUGUCUUGGAAAGAGAGUUUAACACCCUUUUGGUCAUGGGGACUGACAGAAGGUUCGAUGAAGAUGAUGAUAAAAGUUUUAGGAGAGCACCUUCAUGGAGAAAAAAAUUCAGACCAAAGGAUAUCCGUGGCUUAGCUGCUGGGUCGGCAGAGACGCUCCCUGCUAACUUUCGGGUUACUUCUUCCAUGUCUUCACCCUCUAUGCAGCCAAAGAAGAUGCAGAUGGACGGCAAUGUGUCAGGACCUCAGAGGCUGGAUUCUGCUACAGUCAGGACUUACUCGUGCUAAAGCCUCCUGUUGUUUACCCACACUACUUCUACCGAUGAUUAUGCAGCAUUUGAAUCCAACAAAGACUACGUUUUAGACGCCAGUGGAACCUUUAAUCUGUUAAUACUUGUGAUAUGGACCCGAAGAUAUUUUAUUACAGAGUUUUUAAUCAGUGAAAAAUUCACGAAUUACCAUAGAGAAAAUAUUUUAGAAUUUAAUGUUUCUUAUAUUUAUGGAAACUUAUGACUCUUCAUUUAUAUAGCUACUUACUUUUUCAUGUAUAUCCAGGCUAUAAAUAUCCUUUCAACUCAAUCCAUGUUCUUAUACCUAAUUUCAGUCUUUCAAAUGAAUGUACUGUAAUGCGUGUAUGUAUAAAUCCUAUGAACAGAUAUAGGGCUUUUGUAAAUUAUGCAUCUAUUGUAAUUAUCAUUGUUUAAUUUUUUAAUGAUAAGCCGCAACAAAGGAUUUUACUACGUUUAUACAGUUAUCAUGACACAAGCCAUGUGCAUUAUCCUGUACAAAUACAGCCCAGCUCUGCCAGUCAUUUCGAAAUGAGCAUCCUUAAUAUCAAGCAGUUGUUGCCGUAUUUUAAUGACUGAUCUUUACUCAACUUUUUCCAGCCAGAACUGCUUUACUCUGAGCGUGGGCAGGUUUAAAACAUCAGCCCCUAAUCAAAUUUCGACUGAGAGGAUUAUCACAACACUAUGACAGUCUCCUAGCCUUGGUUAGCCCUUUCCUAGCUGCGUCUCUGGACUUGGGUACUUGUCUUCAGUGACUGACCAGAAGCCGUGCACCGGGAGUAGUUCUCUCAGCGGGGAGAGGAAGACCUGGGGUGGGAGCCUGGCGAUGGGCCCCAGCCACCAGCCUUCUCCCCGGCCUCCCUGCUUGGAGGCGGGCUGCGACGGCGCCGAACGAGGACUCUCCGGGGACCAAUCACCAAGCACUGCGCGCUCAUCUCGGACAUCGGUGCCUGCAGCAGAAGAGGCGGGCCCUGAAACGGCGGCGUGCGGCUCGCAGAGGCCUUAUACUUCUCGUGUGAACGUCUUUUUACAUCUGCUCGUAAACGUGCUUCAAGGAUGAACUUGGUCGUACGUUCUUAGAUUUUGCUGCUGUCGCCAUGUGGGAUCGUGUAACUAGCCAAUGCAACUUUUGCUUCUUACGUGGCAUAUUAAAAAGCCAGCAGGAAGUGUGUCAGAUCGUGGUGCGUUAUUGAUGAUGCAACAGAUAGACGGGGGCAGCAUGUCUUUACAGCGGGUUCCUGCUUUUGUUUGCUUGUGCCCUUCAUGCUACUGUUCUGUUUUUCUAUUAAUCUUUUGUGAACUUCCGAUUGUGUAACAAAGUAUGUACAGUCUACUUUCGAACUAUUUUUAUCACAGUGUUAUUUAUUGCUUUCUUUCAAUAAAGUGCUGAAGCCUUUUCCGCUGCC